GAUAUCACCAAAUGACAAUUUCUUUCUUUGUUUUCGUUCGCGCAACCCCCUCUUCUCCCUUUUUCUAACCUUGUUUGAAGAAAAAUGCGAUCUUGGGCAAUCGAUAUUUACAUUAUGAUUAGUGUGACAAUUUUCGGAUUGACAGUUCAUGCCACGAUAGACGUGAAUCUCAGCGAAUUGGAGUAUCUCGCGGCACGGCUUGAUCCAUUCGAAUGUCGGCGAUUGAUCGCCGCGCUUCAUUACACGACUUACGACUUGCCAAAGAACUUGGCUGCGGCUGAGCGUAAAGUAGAUGAGGAGAUUCCGUGUCUACGUCAAUUGCUCCAUUGGAAUAGUUCCCCCGGGGAAGGUAGAGGAAAGACGCAUGCUGCGAUAGUACAUCGUCUUCGACAACUAAAUCGCAACGAUCUCGCCGAUUGGCUCGGCAAAACCGCCUUCAAACAACUGGGGAAAGAUCUAGACGAUGCUAUCGCGUCGCCUUUCGAGGAUCUCGUCGCCGACGAGGAAAUGGAAACUAGCACUUUGUUUACAACAACUGAAUCUGUUAUUUGGACUCGAGAGGAAGAUCCUUGGCUAUCGAUCGAUACAUUUUUCAUGGCGCUUAUGCUUGGAUUGUUAGGAACAUUACUCGUUUUAAUUGUUGCCAUUAUCAUACACGCUAUCAAGAGCAAUAAAAAUUAAACUCCGCGUAUAUGUUUCUCUAGAGA